AUGGCGGAGAGCCCGGCGGCCGAGGACGCGGCCCCGGCCCCGGCCGCGGUGCUGGCGGCGGGCGGCGGCGGCAGCGGCUCCCCGAGCGCCGCCGGCUCCGCGGGCACCCCCGGCGUGUUCAUCCCCGCCGAGCUCUGGGCGGCCGCGGGCUUCGGCGCGGCCGCGGCGCCCGGCACCGGCGUGGCCCCCGGUAGCGGCGGCGCCCCGAUGGCGGCGGCGGCGGCGGGGGCCGCGCUCCUCACGCACUCCGCCUUCUGGGACCCCACGGUCAGCGGCGACUGGGACAGCGAGCGGCCCAGCCCGGCCUGCCUGCUGCGGAUCAAACGGGAUAUCAUGUCCAUCUACAAGGAGCCGCCCCCGGGGAUGUUCGUGGUGCCCGACCCCCACGACAUGACCAAGAUCCACGCGCUGAUCACGGGCCCCUUCGACACCCCGUACGAGGGCGGCUUCUUCCUGUUCCUGUUCCGCUGCCCGCCCGACUACCCCAUCCACCCGCCCCGCGUCAAGCUCAUGACCACGGGCAACAACACCGUCAGGUUCAACCCCAACUUCUACCGCAACGGCAAGGUCUGCCUCAGCAUCCUGGGCACGUGGACAGGCCCGGCCUGGAGCCCGGCGCAGAGCAUCUCGUCGGUGCUGAUCUCCAUCCAGUCGCUGAUGACAGAGAACCCGUACCACAACGAGCCCGGCUUCGAGCAGGAGCGGCACCCCGGGGACAGCAAGAACUACAACGAGUGCAUCCGGCACGAGACCAUCCGCGUGGCCGUGUGUGACAUGCUGGAGGGAAAGUGCCCCUGCCCCGAGCCCCUGCGGGGCGUCAUGGAGAAAUCCUUCAUGGAGUCUGACUUCUACGAGGGCGUCUGCAAGGAGAGGCUGCACCUGCAGGGCCAGACCAUGCAGGACCCGUUCGGGGAGAAGCGCGGCCACUUCGAUUACCAGGCGCUGCUGGGGCGGCUGCAGGCGCUGCGGGCGCGGCUGCAGGAGCGGCAGCAGCAGCAGGACAGCGCCGACAUGGACUCGGAGAGCAGCUCCUCGGAGGCCGAGCCCGAGCCCCCGGGCUGCCCCCGCGCCUAGCGCGGCCCGGCCCGGCCCGGGACUGCGGCACAGCC